AUGGCCAUCGAGGCUGGAUCCCAGAGCAGCCCCCCUGACGAUGCUGGGGACAAAACACCAGAGACGGAGAGGCUGCCUUCGGGAGACGGCGAUUUCUCACACAAGACCGGCUCCCUCGUCCGAGACUCGGCCGCCAAGUUCGCCAAGCAGUCCGAGAAGCUCUCGCAUCUGACGCAUACCGACAGCGGCGACAGCGGCGCCAGUGCCGCCGUCGAGGCCCGUUUCGUCACGCCGCACGAUCCCGUCGUCGUCACGGCCGAUGGGAACCGCCUGCCCGCCGUGCCUCUCCUCGAGGCCCACAAGCUCAACGUCCUCAAGGAGGCGCUCGAGGAGACGCAGCACGCCCGGGACGACGACGGCUCCUCCCCCGAGCUCGCGAGCGGCGCCUCGGUAGAAGCGGCCGGUGGCGAGCAGCAGCCGGGCCAGAGCUCGGCGAAGCUCGACAAGGCGCUCCGGGACGUCAAUGGCAAUGCUAUACAGAAGUCGGGCGAGGGCUCGCUGCGCCGGUCGAUGCCCCCGUCGCACACGAACCCGCUGUUCCCCCCGCUACCCCUGUACGGGCCCCCGUCUUUUUGGCGCAACGUCCAGUGCACCACCUUCCGCGUCACGUCCUUCUUCCUCAGCCUCGCCUUCCUCGGCGUCAUCGUCCUGGGCGCCCUGUUCACUAGCAUCCCGCCGGUAUGCGGUCGCAUCGUCAAGAGGCUCAUGCUGCGCGAUCCGGACGCGAAGCGGGUCUUUUACGAGGAGGAAAAAAGGCGCGCGGUGGCACGCCGGGAAGAGAUGCGCAACUGGAGGCGACGCCGCGGGGCUCGCGACACGUCGGGCGAGAAGGAAAACGUCGGCGUCGGAUACGUGCCCACCGAGGGCGGUCCCGACCCCAUCAAGUGCGACGUGGCGUACUACGCGCGUCGUGUCGGACUUGACAUUGAGGAGUUUCAGGUCCAGACGGAGGACGGGUUCAUCAUCGACCUCUGGCAUGUGUACGACCCGAGGGAGUACGAGGAGCUCCCGCCCGCCGAGCGCGAGCAGCGCGGGCCAGAGGUGUUCGCCAACAGCAAGAAGAGACUAAGGAAUCCAGACAGGCCCCGCAAGUUUCCCGUGUUGCUUAUGCACGGCCUGUUGCAGAGCUCGGGCGCGUACUGCUCCAACGACGACGACUCGCUGGCAUUUUAUCUGUGCAAAUCGGGAUAUGAUGUAUGGCUGGGCAAUAACCGCUGCGGCUUCAGCCCAAAACAUGGCCUUUUAACUUACCAAGACCCGAGGAUGUGGGCUUGGAAUAUCCGACAGAUGGGUGUCUUCGAUCUCCCCGCCUUGACUUCGCGGGUGCUGUAUGAGACAGGAUUCGAAAAGAUAGGCCUCGUCUGCCACUCGCAGGGCACAACCCAGACGUUCGUCGCGCUCGCCAAGGAGCAGCGGCCGGACCUGGGUGAGAAGCUGACGGUGUUUUGCGCCCUGGCCCCCGCGGCCUAUGCGGGCCCGCUCAUCGGCAAGAUGUACUUCAAGUUCAUGAGGGUCAUCACGCCCUCCAUGUUCCGCCUCAUGUUCGGGAUCCACGCCUUCAUCCCCCUCAUGAUGCGGAUGCACGGGCUGCUGCCGCCCCGCCUCUACGGCCACCUCGGCUACCUCGUCUUCUCGUUCCUGUUCAACUGGACCGACGAGCGCUGGGACCGGGGCCUGCGCGACCGCAUGUUCCAGUUCGCGCCCGUCUAUGUCUCGGCCGAGUCCAUGAGGUGGUGGCUGGGCCGCGAGUGCUUCGCUCGCCACAAGUGCAUCCUGGCCACCAAGGAGGAGUGGCGGGCCGAGGAGAAGGAGGACGCGGCGGCCGAGAGGGAGGGCAAGGGGGCCCGGCCGAGGAGGCGGGCCGAAACUCUCAGCCGGAGCACGGCCGGAGCCCCAUGCAGCAGUGGCCGCGCAACCUCGUUCUCGACCCCGAGGGCCCCGCCUGAGCAGCAGCCCAAGGAAGGCCCCGCCGCCGCCGCCGGCCGCCAGUCGCCGCCGCAGAGCAGCCGGCGCGGAGACGGCAGGAAGGCGCGCGGGUCGACGGCGUGGUACAACUCGCAGGCGCCCCCCUUCGCCUUGUGGGUGUGCGGGCGCGACGACCUGGUGGACGGCGCCCGGCUGCUGCGCCGGUUCGAGCGCGGCCGGGAGCCGCACGUCGACGUGGUGCACGCAAAGGUCGUGGCCGAGUACGAGCACCUCGACGUCAUCUGGGCCAUGGACGCGCCCGCCCAGGUCUUCUCGGAGCUCCGCGAGGUCCUGUGGAAGACGUGCGACGCCCGCGACCGCUGCCGCGUCCCGACGGGCUGCGAGGACGUCGCGCCCUGGUCGCCGCCCCCGCGCCGCACCGGCGGGGACGAGAACGGGGACGAGAGCGGGGACGGCGAUGAGGAGGGGGCGCACGGCGAGCGUGCAAGCUCCUCUGGUAGCAGCAGCGAGGACGUGUCUGCAUAGGUUGUGUCUUGAGUGCUUCAAGUGUCUGGGAACACACAAUUGUUUCGUCGUGUCCCUUUCCCAUUUUCUUUUUUUUUUGGCCGGGCCAAGGGUAUCAUGUGGUUAUACGGGCUCGAGUUCCCCAAGGCCCCCCAGGGUUAGACGACGGACGCACACUAAGGACAGGUAUUGUUUUUGUUUUUUUGGGGUUGCAUCUUGGGUACUAGACGAGGAGAGGACCGUGUUUGUGUUUGCACUGGUUUGCACAGGCUUAUGUUUGGUAAGACGCUGUUGCUUGCGCUGCUUCGGUUUGUCGUGUCCUCGGUGUUGCCGAAUCGUUUGCUGUGCUACGGCGCACCACAACCGUAAGGUGUACCGAGGCAUACGGUACGAAUACAUGCGUGCAUUUUCCCGUAGCCAAACUUUCCAUGUAUCCGUGGAAAGUUUCGCCCAUGAGAACGCGGUCUGUAGAAUCCCCUGCAUCAGCUGCACUGCAC